GUCAGUCGUUAUUUCUUCAGUAAUCGUUCGAAUAUUGUAUAUAAUGUCGCUUAUUUUUGUGUAGAUACAUACAUACAUAAACGAGAUUUGCUUAAACUUCGAAAUAAAUUUGAAAGUAAACACAAAUGUACAUAAUUGAUAGUAAUUAUUCGGUUCCACUUCUGUUUAAAUGACUUUUAUUAUUCAUCUGCUAAUAAUUUUUUUUGGUGCAAUUUUUUACAUUUUGGUUUUUUAUUACAAUAAUACAUAGAUUUUAAUUCCGUGUAAUUACAUAUGUAUGUAUGUAACUGCAAUACUUACUUUCAUAUGUUGGGCCACUUGUUUGUACUGUUUAUAGUGCAUCACCGUUCAACAAUAUUUGAUAUGAAAUAUUCAUACGUACAUAUGUGAAAAAAAUAUGACACGAUAAAUAACGCAAGAUGAAAGUAAAUAAAAUGCACGAUCGUUUUCUUGAAAACUUUAUAAUUAAAAAAUGGAAGUCAUAGUACCAUCAAAUGAUCACAAUAUAAGCAAAAAAAUCAAUCAGCAAGGAUAAUCGAAAGAAUUCGCUAAGCUCAAUAAUGAUGACGCUAACUACUUGUGUUUAACUGUGCGAGUAAAAGAUUGAGAUUGACAUGAGAAUUUAAAACUUUUUAUCUUCCAAUGUACAAAAAAUCUAUAAAAAAAAAUUUUGUGUGAGCUUACCGUCCAUGACAACGAAGUGCCAAGUGAUCAGCACUUUUCUUUGACUAGCAACCAAAUUUCAAGUUUUCAAUUAAUGACAAACUUACACGAAAAAUAUUUUACUAAUAUUCAAGUGAGUUUAUUAGAAAUGUCAGACUCCGUGUCAAAGAAUUCAAAAAAUAUUACAAAUUGCUUAAGUUUGGAUAAAGACAUCCGUGAAAUAUCUCCAAGCAACAUUUCUUGUGCACCAAUUAAACAUGAAACUGGAUCUAGACUUCAGUCAAUGGAAAUUCGACCUAUAUAUCCGAAUGUACCGUAUAGCCCCUACAGUAGUCCUUUUGGAAGUCCUCAAACCAAUCGACGUCGCCCGGCUUUUCGAGAGUCCAGAAGAAUAUCAAUAGAAAAAUCGGGAAGCUUUCAUCAAUUAAACCAAUAUAAAUUAAUGGAACAAAUCGGUCAGGGUUCUUACGGUCUCGUAAAGUUGGCUUAUUCCGAAGAAGACUCAACACAUUACGCUAUGAAAAUUCUUUCGAAAAAGCGCCUCUUACGGCAAGCUGGACUUAUGCGCCGGGGUCCCAGGAAAGCAACAUCACCGUUAGAUCGGGUUUACAGAGAAAUAGCAGUUUUAAAAAAACUUGACCAUCCCCACGUUGUAAAGCUGGUUGAAGUGUUGGAUGACCCACUUGAGGAUUCACUUUAUAUGGUUUUUGAAUUGGUAAAGCAAGGUGAAGUUCUAAGAAUUCCAACAGAUAAGCCGUUAUCUGAAAAAAGAGCUUGGUGUAUAUUUCGGGAAUCUUUACUUGGAUUGGAAUAUUUGCACCAUCAAAAAAUUAUUCAUGCCGACAUCAAGCCUGGAAAUUUAUUAUUAACUGAAUGUGGACAUGUCAAAAUAGCAGAUCUUGGUGUGUGCAAUGAAUUUCUCGGAGAAGAUGCAAAAAUAAGCAAUGGAUCUACGGCUGGAACUCCAGCCUUUAGAGCACCCGAAACCCUCAUCUUAGGACAGGUUAAUAACUGGGUUACCUCUGAUGGGGACUUUCCAUUGCCCACAGAAGAAGAAAACUGUUGCUUGGUACAAGUUGAUGAUGAAGACAUAAACUCCGUCAUUCGCAGCAUUCCAAAAUUAGACACACUUAUAUUAAUAAAAACCAUGUUAAAAAAACAUUCAUUUGGUAAUCCAUUCACAAAAGGAUCCUCUGAAAAAUCCCCAGAACCAAGUGGCUCGCGGAUAGAAAGAUUUGUCCGGGCGGGAAGAUCUAACUCGGCACCAGGUUCAUAUUUCAGGUUUUUAGACAGUCAGCCAUCAGCGAAUACUCUCCUUCCAGCCCUAGUGGAACAUUGUUCAAGCCAAUGUAAUGAAGAUACAUAUGUUGAUUCAGAUUGUUAGAUACUUAAGGGGUCAUUUUAGCAAAACUGGACGUCCAAAAAUUAUUUUAAAGAAAUUUAAUUUCGUGCACAGAACAUAAUUUAACUAGGCAAAUAAUGUUAUUGUGGAUAUAAGUCACGAGAACCAAUUUGCAAUAUAAAUAUGUUUUUGGUAAAGGCCCACAAUUUGAAAACAUUCACAUUCCCCAAAAAGGAAUAAAAAUAUAAUAAAAUUGUCCUCACACAAUAAAAGAAACAUGUAUGUAAAUUAAUUAUUUCCCCGGAAAUUUAUAGAAAAAACAAAUAUAAAUUUUAUUUCCAAAAAGUAUAUGAUGUUAAACCUUUAUUAAAAAUUUUUUACACAUGUGUCUUGCAAGACACUGAAUUAAAGUAAAACUUAUACUGAUCUCGGUUCGGGUCAAAAUACGACUGCCGACAAAAUCUUAAAUCUAAUUCAAAGAACCUCGCCCAGAUGCUUUUUCUGGAGCUUCAGAAGUUCCUUUUUUUGUUUUUAGUAAAAGCUCAUAAUGCAAAAGUCGCAUUUUGAAAUUCAAUUAUGCUGACCAAUGCAAUUUAUUUGGCUUUGGAAUAGAAAAGUCAGCAGCUGUUGUUUACUUCAAGUUUGAUUUGUUUAUCUCGGCUGGGGAAUUAAGAGAGGACCUCAAAGCCAAAGGCAAAAACAAAUGCGAAAAUCGCUAAGAUUGAAGUUGGAUAUAUUGUUUAUAAAUGGCUUAAGGGUCCUGGGUUCAUGGGGUGGUUAACUUGUCUGUAUUGUUGAAAAUUUUUCAGAAAAGAUUUAAUUCAUUGUCGUUGCUAUUCCUAGGGUUUGAAUUAGGAAACCCAAAUCAAUAUUUGUUGUGUAACACUUUGCAAAUUUUACAAAAUAUUUAAUUAUUAAUCCUUGGGGGUAAAUUUAGAUUAUGUCAUUAUUUUUUUGUUACUUUCAAUGUACAUAAGCAUGACUGUCCAGUUUUUCCAAGAAAACACUUAUUUUAUUCUUUGAGAAUGGUUU